AUGGCUUCACCCUCUGGACUCGCCAGAUCCCAACCAUCAUCAAGAUCGGAGCAACCAACAAUUAUGUCAUGCACGCCCUCCUGGCCUUCUCUGCCAUGCACAUUGCCUUCCUCACCGACUGCCCCCUGGUCGGCAACAUGGCAUACGAGCACCGCGGCGUCGCCCUCAAGGGCCUGCAGGAGGCUAUCGGAACCUUCAGCCGCGACACGUCGGAUGCCGUCUUGGCUGCCUCGCUGGUUCUGUCAUGGCAAGCGACGGAUUGGUAGGCGAAGCUGGACCCAGCUCAUGCAAGGAACCUCAUCGGUUAUCGAGGCCAUGGACCCCUGGAAGCACGAGUCCCAAUUUGGCGACUUCAUCGCAGAGAGCUGCACCUUCCCCACGGCACCCGCUUCCCCUAGCCCGGAUCACAAGCCGAGCCAGCCGCGCAAGGAGGACAUCGACGCCUUCACCAAGACACUGCAGCAACUGCAAAAGGUUGAGGCCCACCUCAAGCACAACAAAGAGGACACCAAGUCGAUCCAGCAGUUGAUCAGUUUCCUCAAGGGUGCUCGCAAGGUCAAUACGGGGCUUUCCGUCUCCCAACAAUUCGAGCGGCUGCGUCCCCUGCGUACUUGGCUUUUCUGGCUGCCUGUCAUGUAUCUCAAGCAGACGGGCGGGUCUCCCAGCGCCCUCGUCAUCAUCGCUCACUACUACACCGUAGCUCUGGUGACGGAGCGUCUGUUCCCCGACAUUGGUGCCGCCUACUUUGGUAGUUUGUCUAUUGGCCCUGUUGAGGAGAUAGCCCGCCGUCUGCUGUCCAUCAACAUCUCUGGCAGCCUCGAUGGCGACCUGCAGACCCCGCUCACGCUCAUGGAGUACCCCAUUGACACGGUUAACGAGUUUCGUCACCGUAUGGGUUGGACGCAGCCUGCGCGGACACCCUCGUUCCCGCAGUUCAACCCUCCCAACUUCUACAUGAGCGAGCCCGUGCCGUUGCCGCCUGUUAGCGACUCGUACCUGCCAUAUGGGCAAAACCCGGCUUUCAGCUACAGCACCGAGUCACUUCAGAUGCUCAACGCAGAAUCGGCGCCGCCCAACAACUUGUCGCCACUUGUGCUAUCCUCGCCCUACGUCAACUCGCAGUACCUAAACAUUCCGAGCCCCAAUUACGGUGGCUAUAGCCCAGCAUCCUCAACCUUUGAGGGUUCCGUCGUAUAUAGCGAUACUGAGGAUUAUGGCUCGUACGAAAACUACGACAUCAGCGGAAUGCCCGCGGUCCAUAACAACCUAGGCGUCGGGUUCGUCUCUCCCAUCCAGUCCGUGUGGAUCUAA